ACAACGGUUAACGAAAAUAAUCGUUACCGAAGAACAUGUGAAUAUGAUUGAACAAACGACAAAAAAAAAUUCCAUUUCUUUCCCUUCAAGUUUCCCAUUUCUCUCCACAAAAUUUUUUCGUCGUUUAUUUCUUCUUUCAUCACUUCAAAAACAUUCCUCCCACCUAAACAUGCUCCACACUGAAACUUAAAACCCUAACCGUUUCACUUCACUACUACCAUGGAUGCGCGUCGAGGCUCACGCGCCGUCAUUGACCCUAAAAUUCGCAUGGUCGGGUUCUUCGCUCCACCCGCUCCACCCGACUUCUCUCCUUCCGCCAAUUGUCUCUCUCCGGUCAUGAUCCCUCCGCCGCUUCAUUCAUUGGAAAAUCUCGAACUACUCCAUUCUCAACCUUCCGUAGUCACUUCUCCUUCCUGCGAUGAAACUAUUGCCGUCGCCAGGAGCCAGAAUAGCUGCUCCUCGGAGUUGUUUCCUGCUCCGAUGUCUCUCUCUCCGGCUUCUAAGUUCGUCGCUAACGAUGGAAAAGAUGGAGGAGGAAUGGUGGCUUCUACCUUACCUCGCGGUUGCGGAAUUCCGAUGUGUAAUUUGACUACGGUUUCUGUGGUGAAUGCUGAUUCAUUUGCCAUUGACGAAAGAGAGAAGCCAAUUAAAGGAGGAGGAUCUGCAUUGGAAGUUAAAGACGAACCUGUGAAUUCAAAACAGAAGAAAGACAAGUCCUCAAAAGCUGAACGACGUGCUCUUCAAGAAGCUCAGCGAGCUGCAAAGGCUGCUGCAAAAGCUGAAGGAAAUACGGCAUCUAGAACUGCAACUUCAGCGAAUGUAAAAUCAGCUAAAGUUGCAAAGCCCCCACACAAAGUUGUUAAUACUUCAUCUGCGGCUUCUGAGAAAAAGGGAGGUGAUCGGCCAUCAGAGAAGGAUAGGAAAAAAGAUGUUCCUCACCCACGCCUGCAAUAUGAUGAUAAGAGCAGAGUGGAGAAAGCUAAACGCCGUGCUGUGGUAAACCAAACUGAAGCCAGGAACAGAGUUGAACUAUUCAGACAUUUGCCACAGUAUGAACAUGGGAGUCAGCUUCCUGAUCUUGAGGCAAAGUUUUUCAGGCUUGGUCCUGUGCAUCCAUCAGUUUAUAAGGUGGGUUUGCAGUAUCUGUCUGGAGAUAUAUCUGGUGGCAAUGCUCGUUGUAUUGCUAUGCUUCAAGCAUUCCAGGAUGUCAUCAAAGAUUACACAGUUCCACCUGAGAAGACUCUAGUGAGAGACCUGACAACAAAAAUAAGUAGCUAUGUUUCAUUCCUUAUUGAGUGUCGACCUCUUUCAAUCAGUAUGGGAAAUGCAAUUAGAUUUCUCAAGAGUCGAAUUUCACAGCUGCCUCGGACACAGUCCGAGUCAGAAUCCAAAACUUCUCUUCAAUCAGAUAUUGAGCGUUUUAUAUAUGAGAAAAUUAUACUUGCUGACAAGAUGAUAGUAGAGCAUGCUGUCACAAAAAUAAGAGAUGGUGAUGUUCUUCUUACUUAUGGGUCAUCGUCAGCAGUUGAAAUGAUACUGUUACAUGCACAUAAGUUAGGGAAACAGUUUCGAGUUGUAGUAGUAGACUCUCGUCCAAGUCACAGGGGGAAACUUUUGCUUCAUAGUCUAUUGGGGGAAGGUCUUAGUUGUACAUACACUCAUAUCAAUGCUGUUUCCUACAUAAUGCAUGAGGUUACUCGAGUUUUUCUGGGUGCUUCAUCAGUGUUGUCUAAUGGAACAGUUUAUUCUGGAGUUGGAACUGCAUGUGUUGCAAUGGUUGCUCAUGCAUUCCAUGUCCCUGUUAUAGUUUGUUGUGAAGCUUUUAAAUUUCAUGAAAGGGUACAGCUUGACUCAAUAUGCUCAAAUGAACUUGGUGAUCCAGAUGUCAUUUCAAAGGUUUCGGGUAGACAGGAUGUUAACCACUUAGAUGCUUGGGCCAAUACUGAAAAUCUACAACUUCUAAAUCUGAUCUAUGAUGCAACACCUUCAGAUUAUGUUUCAAUGAUUGUCACUGAUUAUGGCAUGAUCCCCCCUACAAGUGUUCCUGUCAUUGUAAGGGAAUAUAAUAGAGAACAUGUGUGGAUAUAAACUCAGCAACUGUGGAUGAGUCUCAAUUUUGUGUGCAUGCGAAAUCCCUGUUUAGAAACCCGGAAGCAAUAAAAUCUGUGAAUGUUGUUGUGAUUCGUUUUCUUAUCUUUGAAUAACUGAAAUGUAAUGUAAUAGGUGGGCCGCAUUGUACUUAAAUUUUGGAUAUUUGUCUGUAUUUUCCUGUCACAGUGAAGAGUGCGGAUCGACGCCUCUCCAGGCAGAUUUUGGCCAUGCAGAGCUAUUUUUUCCCACUAUGCUCCAAACUUUGAUUAGUCAUUUACUCACAAUUUUAUGAUAGUUAGAUAUAAUUCAUGACAAUAUGUACUAUAUCAUUUUUUGAUCUA